UCGAAUACGCAGGACGGAAUUUUCUUUGCUGGUUGGUUGGCUGCUGGAUUUCGGUCGCAAAAUAAGUCGGAUUAUUAUUGCAACGAAGCAAUUUUCUCAGCUGAAUUCUCGAUCGUUUUCCGCAAGUACACGCACUCCAAUUACCGAAGAACACAAUGUCCGAAGUGCAGGAUUUGAUGUCGUCGCUGCCGGACGACAAAAUUGAUAUGAUUGCGGCCACCAGCGUGCUGCAGCAGCAGGCAGGUGACAUUCGCCAGAACAAGCCUAACUGGUCGUCCUACAUGCAGUCGCUGAUGAUCUCACAGGAGGACUUUGCCUGUGUGGGUAGCUUGGACAAGGAUAAGAAAUCGCAGGCCCAGUACUUGCAGGACAAUCCUAGCCAGUGUGCCAAGACCUUUUUGAAUUUGCUGUCGCACGUUUCCAAGGAUCAAACCAUUCAGUAUAUUCUGGUGAUGAUUGACGAUCUGCUGCAGGAGGACCGCACCCGGGUGGCGAUCUUCCACGAUUAUGCCAACAAGCGGAAGGAAAGUGUCUGGGCGCCGUUUCUCAAUCUGCUGAACCGACAGGACGGGUUCAUCGUUAACAUGGCGUCCCGGGUUGUGGGUAAGCUGGCUUGCUGGGGUCAGGAGGUGAUGCCCAAGUCGGAUCUUCACUUCUACCUGCAAUGGCUGAAGGAUCAACUGACAGUGGCUGCUCAAAAGCUGUUGAUUGAAAUUGAAGCAGCGGAGAAAAAGCGAAUCGAAGAGGCGGCGGCGGCUCACCACCACGGGCAUGGACAUCACGCUCAUCACGGUGGUCUUGGCGAACUACAGCACCAUCAGCAUCACCAGAUCCAGGAAAAAUACCGCGAGAUAUCGAGUGCCAUCGAUGAACCACGGCAGCGCCCGGCCGACGGAUCGCUGCACGUCUCGCUAACGAACAAUGAGUACAUUCAAUCGGUUGGCCGCUGCCUGCAGAUGAUGCUUCGUGUGGAUGAGUACCGUUUUGCGUUCGUCACCGUCGACGGAAUCAGUACGCUGAUUAGUAUUCUAUCCUCGCGUGUCAACUUCCAGGUCCAAUACCAACUGGUAUUCUGCUUGUGGGUGCUAACUUUCAACCCGCUGCUGGCGGAAAAGAUGAACAAAUUCAACGUGAUCCCCAUUCUGGCGGACAUUCUGAGCGACAGCGCCAAGGAGAAGGUGACUCGCAUCAUACUGGCCGUUUUCCGUAACAUGAUCGAAAAGCCGGAGGACUCCCAGGUCGCCAAGGAGCACUGCAUUGCCAUGGUGCAGUGCAAGGUCAUGAAGCAGCUGCAGAUUCUGGAGCAGCGUCGCUUCGACGACGAGGAUAUUGCGGCCGACUUGGAGUUUCUCAUCGAGAAGCUGCAGAACUCGGUGCACGAUCUGAGUUCGUUCGAUGAGUAUGCAACCGAGAUCAAGAGCGCUCGGUUGGAGUGGUCACCGGUGCACAAGUCCGCUAAGUUCUGGCGUGAAAAUGCGCAACGUUUGAACGAGAAGAACUAUGAGUUGCUUCGCAUCCUGGUCCAUUUGCUCGAAACUUCCAAGGAUCCCUUGGUACUGUCCGUCGCUAGCUAUGAUAUUGGAGAAUAUGUACGACACUACCCCAGAGGAAAGCAUGUUAUUGAACAGCUGGGAGGAAAGCAGCUAGUCAUGCAGUUGCUGGCCCACGAGGAUCCUAAUGUUCGUUACGAAGCUUUGCUGGCAGUACAGAAGCUGAUGGUCCACAAUUGGGAAUACCUUGGCAAGCAGUUGGAGAAGGAAAACGAAAAAACUCCGCAAGCGGGUUCCACAAUCAGCGGCAAAGCCUAAACCCGUAGCCCGUUUUGUUAUUCCUGUUUUCUGUUUUUCAGUUUUCUAUAUUUUAACCGCGUGCAACAGAGCAACGUUUCAUUAGUGUUUGACGAACCGCAUUCCCGUCUACGUUUGAAAGCUGUAAGUUUUGUUUCUCCGAAACAUUUUUGUUAAGUCGCUUGCAAUGAGUUAAUUGUGCAAAUGUUUAUGGCCCUCGCAAAUCGAUGGCGUUGUUUGUAUUUUAAUCAUGAUGUAUUAUUGAUCAAUCCAACAAAAAAAAAGCUUAACUAUAAAUAAUAUAGUCUAGUAUAACUUAGAGUCGGUGGACAGUGCAGUUUUUCGGUUAGCCGUCAGAUAAUGGCAAACUGCAUUCGACUUACGUGCGUAAGUGUAUAAUAAAAUGUAUUUACUAAAAUAAAUGAAUUACUAUCGUGUU